CCGGCCUGCGUGCUCGCGUCUUCCUCCUGCACUCGCCGCCGCUAACCCAGCACUCUCGCCGGAGCCUCUGGCCCGCGCGUUCCUUUUUCCCUCCAGCUGUGGAGCGGGCGGGAUCCUGCACUGCGAUCGCGGCAGCAGCUCCAGCCCGGGCGGGCUCGGGCGGCGGCAGCGGCGCGCGAGCCCCUAGGAGGACCGUACCACCGUCCGCCAGCAGGCGGGGGGGGCCCGGUCGCCCCGCUGCACACGCCUCAGCGACCCCGAGGGACUGAGGCGUCGCCGCGCCUGGGAGCUUGAGCGCCGAGCCGGCCUCGACCCCGAGCUCGGAGCCCCGGCGGGCCGCGCCCGCAGCCGGCCCCACCCAUCCGGGCCAAGGAGGCCGCGGCCAUGGCUGAGACGGAGGAGCGGAGCCUAGACAACUUCUUCGCCAAGAGAGAUAAAAAGAAGAAGAAGGAGCGGAGCAACCGGGCGGCGAGCGCAGCGAGCGCGGCGGGCGGCGCUGGCGGGAGCAGCGGAGCCACGGGCGCGGCGGGCGGUGGGGCGGGCGCGGGGACCCGGCCGGGCGAUAGCGGGACCGCGGGCGUGGGGGCCACUGGCCCUGGGGCCGCCACCAAGGUUGUGACAAAGGAGGAAGAUGAGUGGAAAGAAUUUGAGCAAAAAGAGGUUGAUUACAGCGGUCUAAGAGUUCAAGCAAUGCAAAUAAGUGAAAAGGAAGAAGAUGAAGUUGAAAAAAGAGAAGAUCCAAGUGAUAAUUGGGAAGAAGGUGGAGGUGGAGGUGGUGGUGGUGGUGUAGAAAAAUCUUCAGGCCCUUGGAAUAAAACUGCUCCGGUACAGGCACCUCCUGCUCCAGUAGUUGUUACAGAAACCCCAGAACCGACAAUGACUAGUGGCGUGUACAGGCCUCCUGGAGCCAGGUUGACCACAACAAGGAAAGCACCACAAGGACCACCGGAAAUCUAUAGUGACACGCAGUUCCCAUCCCUGCAGUCCACUGCCAAGCAUGUAGAAAGCCGGAAGGAUAAAGAAAUGGAGAAGAGCUUUGAAGUAGUAAGACACAAAACUAGAGAUACUGAGCCUUCGUAAGGGUUGACUACCUCAGAUUUGCUGCACUCAUUGUGGACUUCAUGUGGAUCACAACUUCUGGAUAAGAAGGUUACAGCUAUUAAGUGUUGAUGUGAAACUUGAAACCAGCUCUACUGGAUUCCUUAAUCCUGCAGAAAGUCAGCCAUCUGGGUUCUGAUCUGCUGUAAAAGAUGAAGAUUUAAGUGACCUUAAUUAACCUGCCCUGUGCCCCAUCUAUAAGGAAUACUCUGAGGUGGACUGUGGCUGGAUUAGACUUCCUGGAACAUGCCGCUCUCAAAAGAACUGAUGUGCUUGGAUAAUCUGUAGGGCUCUGACUUAUAAUUUAAAACUUUGAGUUGUAUUCUGAGGUAACCACAAAUUAAAUUCAACCAAACUUGGGUCACCAAGUGGGGAAAGGGGUAGGAGGGAAGAAUCUUAUUUCUUUUAGUAAUUUUUUAUUUGGGUAAUGCUUUUUCUGUGUUCCAUAUUAAGGCUUUUUUUUUUUUUUUUUUUGCUAUCACUUGGAAUAGUUCUUUGACAGAGCAUAUUGCUUAGCUCAGUAACCUGAAGUAUACAUUGGAAUUGUGAAAUGUCUCAUGAAUUUGCCAAUCCCUAGAGUGGAACCAAAUGGCCUUUUUAAUGUAAAGGGCAGUAAAUGCAGGGGGCUCUACUUCAGGUGCUGCUAAAGCCUCCUCUAAUCAGGUCUAAAUUGUAUAGUAAACUGGUGGAAAGACUUUGUUUAGUUUCUGUUUAGGCCAAGGGAAUCACUGUCCUGUCCUUACAAAUUUAAAGCAGUAAGAGCAGAACCUCAACCUGAAACACACUUAAGUUUCACAGAUCUUGCAUGAUCUUUGACAAGAAUUCGAGAUGCACUUGUGCCCAAACAUUUAAGGUGUUAGGUAUUCUGUAGAUGCAGUGAUUGUCCCAGCCUAGCUUUGGUAUCAACCUUCUGGUGUGUCUUUAAGUUGAUCAUUUGGAGCGUCAGGGGCGAAAGACAGGUGAUGUAGCACUUCUGUUUUUAAUAAUUACAGCUUAAACUAUCCAGUAAUUUUUAGUCCUGAAAAGGGACACCAGGACUCUACCCAGGAUUAUUGAGAAGUCUUUCCAUCUAAUGAGAUAGUCUCGUAAUUUCCUAGUUUUGUAUCUUCAGUAGAAAUAUUUCAAAGUGGCAUGUGACCACUUGAUGCAGAGUCUGGGUUUCUCUAUAAUAAAAUCCCUUUGCCAAAUGUAGGAGUUGCAGACUUGCUACUGGCAAGAGUGAAGCAAAUGGGUGAGUAAAACUAUCCUGUUGUGGGAGCGUUUUCCUCUAGGAAUUGAGUCUUGAUAAAAGUGUCAAUGCAGGAAUCCCACUCCUGGGAAGCUAACAGAAUCACCUGAUGGGACCUGCAAACUGUAUCUGGGCAAUAAUGUUGGAGUUACUUGAGGUGGCAGGCAGGAUGCCUAUGUUCUGAUGUGCUUGGGUGAGUAGCUGAGCCAGCCAAGGAGAGGUUGGAUGAUUGAGAAACAAAGGAUUCUUGGUUAAUCUGAAGACUUCAUUUGGGAACCAAAAAUCUUUUAACAAAUAAUCUCUUGAACCUUGAGCCACAUAUUUCCCCUGAAAAGUGCAUUUUUUCCAGCAAAAUUUUGUUGGGGAUUAUGUUAUUGAGGAACAGAGAUGAAUAUAUGGAAAAGUUAUUUAAUGGCAUAGAAAUCUAAAGACCUGCAAGGAGACUUAAAAAUCCCAACCCUUGUUACAA